AUGAGACGCCACAGUCUCCUCAUUUUGGUUUCCUGCUGUCUUCUGUGUGUCCACACUCAUGGGGAAGCUCAGCAGCAGGGAGAACCCCCCAUUGUGGAGAGUGCAGCUCACUUAUCGGCUCACGGACGGCUCGAUAAAAACAUGGUCCAGGAUAAAGACCAUAUUAUGGAGCAUUUGGACGGUGUGAUUGACAAACCAGAGAAAGACAUGUCCCCUCAGGAGCUUCAGCUUCACUACUUUAAGAUGCACGAUUACGAUGGCAACGACUUGUUAGAUGGGCUGGAGUUAGCUACAGCCAUCACUCAUGUCCACAGAGAGGAAAGCGGAGCGGACACCCAGGCAAUGCGUGAGGAAGAUUUAAUCAAGCUCAUUGAUGAUGUUUUAAGGGAUGACGACAAGAACAAUGACGGUUACAUUGACUACGCAGAGUUUGCCAAAUCACUGGAAUAA